UAUUCGCUCGUUCCGAGCGGCUACCAGCGCUACUCCGCUGCAGUCUGGCGUCGCUGGUCGACGACGUUGCCCGAUUAUAUCGUUGCUACUGCUAUACCGCUACCGUUGCUGUAUGCUCUACUGCUGCUAGAUUAUAAAAUUGUGCGCGCGCGUGUGAGUGUGUGUCGACUGUGUGUGUGUGUGAAAAGCUGCACGCGGCCCAGUUGCGCGUCGCGAAUCGUCUUUAUUAUCAUUAUUAUUGUCAAAAGUGUGCGCGCUGCCGUGUGUGGAGAUCUUUUUCAAGCUCUGGUAUACCCCAAAAAGUCGGGGACGCGGGGACUACUUAUACUAUGUAUACGAGUCGACGAAUAGCACGUAUACUCGUGAAACGCUGCACGCAACCCAAUAACCCCAUCUCGCGACUGCUGCUGCCGCUGCUGCACCGCUGCUGCUGCUGAUGCUGCUGAUGCUAAAGUGUAGUGUGCUAGUGAGCAAGAGUGAGCAUAAUAUAUAAUAAUGUGAUGUCAGUGCGUGUGUUGUGUUGUUGAAUAAGAAUACGAGAAAAAAUAAUGUGUGUGACGCUCGAUCGGUUGUCAUAAUCAACAGUUAAUUGGGAAACGAUAUAAUACACGAGAGCCCCACCUCUUGCUCUCUCGUCGCUCACACUCUCUUACGUGCAUCCAUAAAUAAAAAACGAAAUAACAACGAGUGACAAGAAGAAAGCAAUGAAAAGUCGGCCGUACGUCAAGUGCGCGGCGAUCCUGUGCAUGAGCAGCGGAUCUGGCGACGAGCAGGAUCAAGAGGACGACGAGGACGAUCAGAGACAACGUCUCCUCCCGUUGUGCACGAUGUGAUAUUCAGUGGCAUUUAAGCUCUCUACAACGACGUCGACGACGACGACGACGACGAUCAUGUCCGAUAUCGCUGCUGCCAUUUAGUGUAGCGCAAGCACACACACACACAGGUUCAGCCUGCGAGCGAUCCAUUUAAAUAUCUCCAGUGAAUGCGACACAACGAGACAAAAGGAAGUGCGCGAGACAAGAGGAAGAGCGAGAGAGCAUCAGCCGGGCGUCAUCGCGUUGGCGGCACCCAAUGGAUAUCUUUGCGGAGAGGCCAAGCGCCGAGGCUAAGACAAAGAUACUGACGGCGUCUGACGAGCUCAGAAUGAGUUCCUGCGGGGUGUACCUGUCUCAGCUGCGAGCCAUGCUCGUUAGGAAUCUGCUGCUCAAGAAGCGAGAAAAAAGAAAAACGAUCGUGGAAAUUUUCUUGCCGCUGUACAUCCUCGGCAUACUGAUCGUGGUGAAAGUUUUGAUACCGAAUCCAAAUUAUCCCGCCAUCGUCGCCCAGAGGCAGGAGGGCGACAUCUUCGAGUUCUUCAAUGGUUACAAGAAUAACACCAUUGCCGUUGUGCCGAAUACAACAGAGACCCUUACUUUUUUAAACAAUAUGAACGUGUUGUGGAUGUCCAUGUGGGAUCGUCCAGCUAGGUAUAAUUUGAACUUCAUCGUAUUCGAUACGAAGGACGAGCUGCAGGCCGCCUACUGGAAGGAGCCCUACAGCAUACCCCUCGCAGUGAUAUUCGAGGAUCCGAAGCCAAUUUCUAGUAAUUUAUUAUACGAGAUACGAACGAAUCCCGUGUACACGGCGCCACCCUCGCCCACCGAGAUGUUCUCCUCGGGCGUCACCUGUCGCAAGGAGACCAACUGGAUGGGCGGCAUGCUGUCCAUCGAGACGGGCGGCUCCUGCCCAGUCAACAAUUACUUCCUGUCGGGCUUCAUGGCGCUCCAGCUCAUGAUGGACUUCACCAAGAUCCGCCUGGACACGGGCAUCAGCGAGAUCAUGAUACCCGACAUCAGGCUCGAGCUGUUCCCGAAGGAGGCCUUCACCGCCGACUGGAUGCUCGCCUUCCGCGUGGUCAUACCGCUCUACAUGGUGAUCGCCCUGUCGCAGUUCAUCACGUAUCUGCUGAUAUUGAUCGUGGGCGAGAAGGAGAAGAAGAUCAAGGAGGGCAUGACAAUAAUGGGCCUGAAGGAUUCGGUAUUCUGGCUGUCUUGGUUCAUCAUUUACGCUAUUUUCGUACUGAUCCUGUCGGCGGUGGCGGUGGUACUGCUGUUCACUCUGCAGAUGUUCCAGCACACUCACUUCCUACCGAUAUUCCUGCUGGUCGUACUCUACAGCUUCUCCGUGAUCAUGUUCGCCUUCAUGAUCACGCCCUUCUUCGACAAAUCACAGACGGCCGGCGUACUGGGCAACUUCGCGGUGACGAUUCUCAGCCUCAUGUACUUCAUACAAGUGUUCGUGGACGACUCGAGCUCGGUGUCGUUCUGGCUGGUCUCGCUGCUCUCGCCGACGGGCGUCGCCCUGGCCAUGGACAAGGCGCUGGUGCUCGAUCUCCAGGGCGAGGGAGUGAACUUCGACAAUCUGUGGUCGGGGCCGGGUAUACCGUUCGGCGGUAGCCUCGUCAUGAUGACCCUCGACAUAUUCCUCUACGCGUUGCUGGCCUACUACCUGGACUCGGUGUUGCCCUCGGAAUACGGCGUCAAACGUCCACCCUGGUUCUGCUUCAUGCCGAGAUUCUGGUGCAAAAAGUCCAAAGCUCCAAGAGUAAGUCGCAUCUCUCGAUGUGUAUCCCGCAAAAACGACUCGACAUUCGUAACACGAUUAUUAUUUUCUCGAUCGCAGGCAGCCACGGUGAACGGCGAAUCGAAUUCCUUCAUACCGGGCGAGGAGACGAAUCGCGACGUCGAGCCGGUGGUGCGCGAGAUGAAGGGCCGCGAGGCCAUACGCAUCGUCGACCUCUACAAGUCCUACAGCAAGUGUCGCCGGGCCGAGGUCAAGGCCGUCAACGGCAUCAAUCUCACCAUCUACGAGGGCCAGAUCACUGCGAUCCUCGGCCACAACGGCGCCGGCAAGACGACCCUGUUCAACAUACUGACGGGCCUCACGGCCCCCACGACGGGCACCGCCCUCAUCUUCGGCUACGACGUGCGCGACUCCAACGACAUGCGCACCAUACGCAGCAUGACGGGCGUCUGUCCGCAGCACGACAUACUGUUCGAUCUGCUCACACCCCGCGAGCAUCUCGAGUUCUUCGCGGCGGUGCGCGGCAUACCGCGCAAUCAGAUCGAGCACGAGGUGAAGAAGACCCUGAAGGACAUCGACCUGACGGAGAAGGCCGACACCUUCGCCAAGUACCUGAGCGGUGGCCAGAAGCGCAAACUCUCCGUGGGCAUCGCCAUCAUCGGCGACCCCAAGAUCAUCAUACUGGACGAGCCCACCGCCGGCGUGGAUCCGUACUCGCGUCGACAGAUGUGGUCGUUUCUGCAGUCGCGACGCCACGGCAAGGUCAUACUGCUGACGACGCACUUCAUGGACGAGGCCGACAUACUGGCCGAUCGCAAGGCGGUGAUCAGCAAGGGCAAGCUGCGCUGCUGCGGCAGCUCGCUCUUCCUCAAGAACAAGUUCGGCAUCGGUUAUCAUCUCACGCUGGUACUGGAGGGCAACGUGCGCGAGAACGCCAUAGCCCGGCUGGUCUCGUCGCACGUCAGCAAGUCCGAGAAGGCGCGCCGCCACGGCCGCGAGCUCAGCUUCAUACUGCCGCACAACUCGGUGGACAAUUUCGCGCCCCUGUUCUCGGCGAUCGAGCACGAGAUCAGGACCAAGUCGCUGCGCCUCGGCAUCAGCAGCUACGGCGUGUCCAUGACGACCCUCGAGGAGGUCUUUCUGCAUCUGGAGAAGGACGAGGAGACCGACACCACCAUGGACAAUCUGUCCAAGAAGAUGGUGCGCAAUCGUGCGUUGAGCCGAUCGCUGUCGCUGCAGAGCAAGAGCACCUCGUAUCAGAGCCUGCAGAACGAGGGCAACGUGGUGCAGAACGACAACGCGCUGAAGGGCACGAGCGACUGCCCGGACGGCACGUCGCAGGACAAGAAUCCGCAGAUACUCGGCCUGGGCCUGGAUCCGAUCAAGAUUCAGCCGCGCGUCUUUCAGACGUUCUACGCCAUGCUGAAGCUCAGAGUGCUCAGGCUCAUGAGGAGCAUACAGCUGCUGUACUUCACGGUGGUCGCGCCGCUCACCCUCGUCUUUCUCGGCCUCUAUCUCAACAGCAUACAGACGGUCGAGGUGAAGAUGCACAGCCUCGAGCUCAACGACGACAGCUACGGCGACGACACUCGGCUCAUGUACAUCAACAGCUCGGGUCGCGACAUCAGCCCGGUGGUGAAUCAGGUCUCGAACAUCGUGGGCCGCGUGGCCGAGUACAACGGGACCUUCGCGGAGCUGCUCAAACGCGCCCCCCACAUGGCCGUGCUCAACUUCACCGAUUACAAUCUGUCGCGCAUGAACUUCACCGUCAUGUACAACGACACGAUGCAGCACUCGCUGCCCAUCGUGCUCAACGUCUUCACCAACGCCUUCUACGAAUUGUUGAACCCGAGCAAGGUGAGCCCGAUCCGAGUCAAGACCCAUCCGUUCCAGCAGAUGUCGCAGCCGCAGGAGUUCAACAUCGGCAUCGCCAGCUCGGCCCUGUUCAUCGGCAUGGAUCUCGUGCUCGUGCCCAUAACCCUCGCCGUCGACAUGGUUUACGAUCGCGAGAUCAAGGCGAAAAAUCAACUGCGAGUCAACGGGCUGUCGUUCACCAUGUACUUCUUCACGUACUUCGUCGUGCUGAUCGGCCUCAUGUCGUUCAUCUGCCUCGGCAUACUCGGCAUCAUCUUCCUGUUCGACGUGCCCUCCCUGCAGGAGGUGCCCGCGCUGCUCACCUUCGGCGGCCUCAUCAUGCUCUACUGUCCGGCCUCGAUCAUGUUCUCCACCUCGCUGGCCUACAUGUUCGACAAGAUGGACUCGGCCCAGAGCUUCCUGCCCAACAUCGCCACCUUCAUCGGCCUCAUACCCUUUCUGCUGGUGGUGGCGCUCGACAUGCUCGGCGUCGGCGGUGUCGCGGCCUUCACUCUGCACGUCAUCUUCUCGCUCUGCAACACGAUGUACGUGCCGUACGCCGCGCUCUACUACAUCGAUCGGGUGCACCUCAUGUGCUCGAUCAACGCCGCCUGCCAUCACCUCACCAUCUGGAGCUACAUGACCACCGAGAUCAUCGUCAUGGGCGUGGGCGUGGUGCUGCACUGUCCCGUGCUGUUUCUCGUUCUCCUCCUGCUCGACACCAAGAAGAACGGCGGCAACGUCAAGGACUUUUUCAAAUACUUCAUCCGCAACGGUGGCUCUAUCGGUGAAGAGAUAAUGGAGAACAACGACGUGGGCGAUCACGAGGACGUUGAUGUGAAAAACGAGAGACAGAAAGUGUUCAACAUAAUGAGUGCGUCGACGGUGCAAGAGCCACCCGUUGUUUUAGUUCAGAACCUCCGCAAAGAGUACCGCCAGCAGGAGUCGAUACAGUGCAACUGCUGCUCGAGGCGCGAGGAGGAGCAGCAGCCGCAGCCCACGAAGAAGAUCGCCGUGCGCAAUCUCUCGCUGUCGGUCGAGCCGGCGGAGGUGCUCGGCCUGCUGGGCCACAACGGCGCCGGCAAGACCACCACCAUGAAGAUCAUCAUCGCCGAGGAGGCGGCCACCCGCGGCCGCGUCCAGAUCGGCGGCAACAACAUCAACAGCUCGCUGUCGGACGCCUUCAGGCAGCUCGGCUACUGUCCGCAGCACGACGCACUCUGGAAGAACAUCACGGUGCGCGAGCACCUCGAGUGCUACGCCGCCAUCCGGGGGGUGCCCUGGCGCGAGAUCAGGCGCAUCGUCGAUCUCUACCUGUCGGGCCUGCAGAUCUACGAGCACGCGGACAAGCAGGCGCAGGAGUGCUCCGGGGGCACGAGGAGGAAGCUGAGCUUCGCCAUGGCCAUGAUAGGCGGCCCCAAGGUCGUGCUCAUGGACGAGCCCAGUACCGGCAUGGAUCCUCGCUCCAAGAGGUUCCUCUGGGACACCAUACUCGCCAGUUUUCAGGGCGGCAGAGGGGCCAUCCUGACGACGCACUCGAUGGAGGAGGCCGACGCCCUGUGCUCGCGCGUCGGCAUCAUGGUCAAGGGCGAGCUGCGCUGCAUCGGCUCGACCCAGCACCUCAAGAACCUCUACGGGGCCGGCUACACGCUGGAGAUGAAGCUGCUGGGCGGCGACAGCACCCCGACCACGCCCUCGGGCAAUCGGGUGGAGCUACUCAAGGACUUCGUCACGGGCCUGUUUCACGACGCCACCCUCGAGGAGAGCUUCGCCGACAGGCUCGUGUUCGGCGUGCCCCAGCACUCGGUGCAUUCGCUGGCCGAAUGCUUCACGCAGCUCGAAAAAGCCAAAAUCGAGCUCGACAUCGAGGAGUACAGCUUCAGCCAGACGACGCUCGAGCAGGUCUUUUUAAAGUUCUCGCAUUACGACGAAGCCGACGCGGUUGAUUGAGUGCAGAGCUGUGGCUCCGACAGAGUCACGCAGCUUUGAGUCAACAAAACCAACCAACCAACCACACACACGGAUGUAAAACAAUUCAUUGUAUAAAAAAAUAAUCCAAAGAAGAACGAACAACCAAAAAAACUUUCCGCGUGUCUUUUCACGGGCGAAAAGACUACGGCUUCAACUUAUAUAUAAAUAAAAAUAUAUCGUAUAUAUUACCCCCCUGCGAACCGGAGGGACCAUCGCGCAUCGCUUUGAAUUCGCAGCAGGGCCGCCGCCGCCGCUAAAUCCACAUCGAUCGACAAAAAAAAAAGAAAGAAAUAACGUCGUGUUCACGAACGUCGUCCUUGAUUAUUGCGAUACAUUAUGUAUCGAGACGAGAGACGCGUGCUGAAUCAUCGGUACCGACUCUACACACUACGGGAGAAAAAAAAUUACUAUACAUAGCGUGUACAGACUCUUUUCUUCUUCGUUCACUUUUUUUUUUAAAAAUCGUUUAUUUAUACAUAGCUGUAGAUAUGUCAUCGAUUGUUUUGUGUAUCAUAUACUUGUAUACAUCGAUGAAAUUCAUCGCGUCUGACGAUUGAACGCAUGGGUGCCGUUUUUUCGUACCUCGUACAACGGACGAGUAUUAUAAUUUGUAAAUAAAAUUAUAGGCCACGCGAGUGGCGAUCGAAAACAAAUUUUUAAUGACAUUAAUGAUAAAUCGAAUGAGGAUACAAGAUGUUUCUUUCGUUCCUGCUUUGUACAUUAUAUUACGUGAAACUAGUGAGUUUUUUCUAACGUUUGUUAUUAGGUAUACGAUAAUAAAUAUUAUUACCGAAUGAAAAUAAUUAAUAAUAAAUGAUAAUAUUAAUAUAAUGUUAAGU